UAAUAAUUUAGUUUUAGAAAAUAAAAAUAUCAAACUUGAAGGUUGGUCUAGAAAUGUCAAACACGAAUAGAGGAUUGCGAGAAAAUGAUGACAAUUCAUCAUUACCUCAAUCAAAAAAAUAUAAGUUGUGGAAAGAAGAUCACAAUGUUCCUAUGCCGGCAAGAACAUUAAAAAGAUAGGAAAAUAAUAUGAUAUCUCAGAAUUCAAGUUUGAAUGUCAAUAAUGAUUGUUGCACUUCAGGAACAAGUAUUUUGAUUGCGGACGCUAUAGCAGAGAGUAGAGAUGAUAAUUCGACUUCAGAUGGUGAGGAUACUGAUAUUUCUAAUAGUGAUAGCAGUUCAGAUGGUAAGAUUGAUGUUCUUUCUGAUGUAAAUAAUAGUGAUCAAGAUACUAAUGAUAGUGAUAAUGAUAUUAAUGACAACAAUGAUGAUUUCGAUGUUAACCAUGAAGAAAAUAUUGAAGACGAUCAACAAGAUAGCGAAUUCAAUCAAGAACGAUCUUCAAUAAUUCAAUCUCUCUAUGAAAAUAGUACAAGAACAACGGACGAAAGUGUGUUGAUGGUUCCAGAAUUGUAUAUUCGACAUAAGUUAACUAAAGCUUGUUUGAACGAUGUAUUAAAAUUACUACAAAAUCUACUACCAGAAGAGAAUCAAUUGCCAAAAACGGUGUUUCAAUUAUUUAGCUAUGUUCAUCAAUUGGCACCACCAUUAACUGUCAUAAAAAAUUUUUUCUGUAAAAAAUGCUUAUGUUACAAUGGCUUUAACACAGAUAUUGAGAACUGCUCUUCUUGUCUUGCGUUGAAAGAAGAUGUAGCUUUUUUUUUCGAAAUUGAUGUUCACGAUCAAAUUAAAUACAUGUUCCAGCAUCGAAAUCUAGCUGAAAAAUUGAUUCAAGUGCAUCUGAGAUACGAUGGGAACAUUACUGAUAUUACCGAUGGAUCCGAAUACAUAAGAGUUAAUUCUAGAGUGAAUCGUCAAAAAUACGAUUUAACAUUAGUGUUGAACACAGAUGGUCUGUCUUUAGUUAAAAGUAGUACAAGUCAUUGCUGGCCACUAAUGUUUUUUAUAGCAGAACUUCCAGAAUACCUCCGAGAAUUAUAUCUUACGACUGUAGGCCUCUGGUAUGAUAAAGAUUGUAAGCCAGUGAUGAACACAUUUCUUGAACCAUUUAUCACAAAAUUCAAAAAAUGUUUUAAUGAUGGUAUUCUAUGGACCCAUCCAAAGACGGGUGAAAAAAUUAUUUCACGAAUUGUAGUUCCUUUGAUAAUAGCUGAUGCGCCAGCAAGGGCUCAACUGCAGAAUAUUUUAAACUUCAAUGGGCGUUAUGGAUGCAAUAUAUGUGAAAUAAAAUCAAGAAAAUGUCUUGCUGUUGCAGGAAAAAAAAGAAUACGUAUUUAUAAAUUUGAGGAAGCUAAACUAAGAACUAGAAAAAGGAUAAAACAUCAAGUACUUAAAGUUAUGAAUAGUGAUAAAAAAAAAACAUCAAAAGGUAUUAAAGGGAAUUCUAUCCUUUCACGACUGCCUUUGAUUGACAUGGGAACAUGCUUUGUUCCAGAGUAUAUGCAUUCUGUUUUGCUAGAAGUUGUUCGACAAUUUAUAAGUUUAUGGCUUGAGAAGAAAAACCCAUGGAAAUUAAGAAAAGACUUAAUCGAUGAAAUUGAUGAAUUUCUAUUAAAUAUUCGACCACUAUACUUUUUUGGAAGAAUGCCACGUAGAUUGUCGUCAUUUAAACAUUAUAAAGCUUCUGAAUUUUAUAAUUGGGUUCUGUUUUAUUCUCUUCCUGCUCUAUUGAAUAAAUUACCAGUUUAAUAUAUCGACCAUUGGAUGCUCUUAGUUAAAGGUCUCUUUAUUUUACUUCGAAAAACCAUAACAGCAGAAGACCUUAAUGAAGCACAAUAUUUAUUGUCAUCAUUCAUAGAAGAAGUUGAGACUUUAUACACAGACCGAGAAUUAACAUACAAUGUCCACCAGCUUUCACAUCUUGUUUUGUGUGUUAAGCGCUGGGGACCUUUAUGGGGUACAGCAGCUUUUUCCUUUGAAAGUUUUAAUGGAUAUAUCGCUAACUGCGUUCAUGGAACAAAACAUCUUGGACAAGAAAUAACAAAUCAUCUAAAAGAAGUUCAAACAUUACAAUUUCUCAAAAAUAAAAUUAUUGAAACAAGUUCUGAGUCUUCAGUUAACAUAAUAAAUCAUCGAGUAAUUGGAAAAAAUAUAAAUGGUACAAUACUUACAGCUAAUGAUAAUUGAUUGAUAAUAAAUCAUGGUUUUGAAAUGGAAAAUUGCAAAAUUUACACACAAGCGGAAAUCUUUAAUGAAAAGUAUACUUCUGAAAUUUAUAAGAUGAUCAAAACUAAUAGCCAUACUGUACAAAUAAACUUGAAAAAUAGUGUUACAGCCUAUGGUUCGAUAAAACUUUUCUUUCGAACUGAAGACGGAUUAAUAUAUUUCAUAGUUGAUGAAUAUAUUAUAGACAAUACUAGGUAUUUUGUUCAUUCUAAAAAACAGGUGCAAGUUCAGCAUAUUAUUCCUUUUACCAAAAAUAAUUCGUCAUUAUUAAUUGAUUGUAAUCAGAUAGAGAGUAUGUUUCAUCUAAUUGUAGUGGGAAAUUAUCUAUGUAAACGACCAAAUAUGCUAAGAAAAAAUUUUUGAAUAUGUUCAGUGUAUGUACAAUAAUUUUGAUCAAUAAAUUUGUAAA